ACUAGUAGUACUUCGUUUGUGAGGGUAUUAUUGUUACAUAGACAAAUCACGACCUCUACAUCAACUUCAAAUUUGAAGAAUCCAAAAAAUUAUUUUGCAUACAAUUUAUAAAUUUGUUUAAAUUUUGUGUAUUUAUUGACCAAAUAACCCACAAAAUGGAUUAUAGCGGAACUUGUCAUACCAAACACGCCCUUAGACCAAUUCUUUCAUUUCUCUAAUUCUCUUCAACUGGGAGCUGGAGUGCUGGACAUUGGAAGGAUUCUAUCCACCUGCAUUCUUCUAAAGAUCCAAUUUUGUUUUAUCUCGCUCCCAUAAUUCACGAUCUCAUGUCUUCAUAUUCGUGUUCUUGAAAAAAGAGUGAUCUUUGAAAUUUUAUUUCAAUUUUGACUUGGUGUCUGAGUUCCGAUUUCAUUCUCAAACUAGACUGGAAUUGAAGAGGUAGUAGCAUAUGGCUAAUGGGGCAGCGGUUGCUGAGAGGGCUACCAGUGACAAACUGGAUGCUCCAGAUUGGGCAAUAAACAUCGAGCUUUGCGAUACGAUAAAUAUGGAUCCUAGGCAGGCGAAGGAGGCACUAAAGAUAAUCAAGAAAAGACUGCGGAGUAAAAGCCCUAAAAUUCAGCUCCUUGCGCUGUUUGUGGUAGAUACUCUGAGCAAAAACUGCGGGGAGCUUAUAUUUCAGCUUAUUGUUGAGCGGGAUAUUCUGCGUGAGAUGGUCAAAAUUGUAAAAAAGAAGCCUGAUUUUAACGUGAGGGAGAAGAUACUUGUGUUGAUUGAUACUUGGCAAGAAGCUUUAGGCGGAAUGAGUGGAAGCUUUCCCCAAUAUUUUUCUGCUUACAAUGAACUGAAGCUUGCUGGUGUUGAAUUUCCUCCUCGAGAGGAAUCGAGUUUAACAUUGUUCGAACCACCAAAAACCCAUACCAUAUCUGAGACUACUUUCCCAUGUGAGGAUGCAGGCAUUGAAACAUUGUUGGAAUCUGAUGCCUCUGGACUGAGCCUGGGGGAGAUUCAGACUGCUGAGGGACUCGCUGACGUUCUUAUGGAAAUGCUGACCGCCUUGGAUCCAAAUAAUUCUCAGGGAGUGAAGGACGAGAUCAUUGUCGACUUGGUCGAUCAGUGUCGUUCAUACCAAAAGCGUGUCACAGUUCUUGUGAAUGAGACCACAGACGAAAACCUUCUAUGUAGAGGAUUAGCGUUGAAUGACAGCUUGCAGCGAGUUCUUCGUUGCCAUGAUGAUAUUGCCUGCAGAACUCCCCCAGUUCCAGUGGGGAAAAUAGAAGCUCCGGUUGCGCCUCUUAUGAAUGUGGAUCACGAAGAAGACGAUUUUUCUCAGCUGAUGCGCAGAUCAUCGAAAGGGCUAGCACGAAAGACCGAGCCUGCACAUUGCAGCCCUAUUCUUCCUCCAACAAAACCAACUAGCACAGAUUCUGGCAAAGUUGGUUAUCCCAGUGACAACGAGCGUUCUUCUGGAGCAUCAGGAUCUACGAGAAGUGCUGUUCCGGCUCACUCAAGCAGUCAAAAAUCAUUCCCUCCACCAAGUCCAACGCAUUCUUCAUCUUCUGACGACGAUUUCAUAAACCCCACAGCAUCCGCAUUUGCUCCAACACCACAAGCACUCAACGGAGCAGCUGCAAUGAGCAAAUACGCAGAUCCCUCACCACCUGCAGUUAACCUUCUGCCUCCGCCACCAAUCAGGUACAGCCAGAGGCAGCAGUUUUUCAAUCAAAGACAGGCGAAUGGUGGCGGCGCAUCUAGCUCAAGUAGCCGGUCUUCCGGUUCAUCUUUUGACAGCCUGAUUGGGCAGACCAAGAAUAUGUCGCUCAGAUCGCCACCGGGUGCCACCGAGCAGGAAAAGGCGGACGAUGCUCUUUUCAGAGACUUGGUUGAAUUUGCUAGAGCCAAGUCAUCAUCACCCAGACCAGAUAGGUCAGUGUGAGAGAAAAUGUAGUUGGCUGUGAGUUUGGAUUGCUCUAUUUUCCUUUUUCCUCCAUUAUUUAAGAGAAAAUGGAGUAUAUAUUUCUGGGAUUUAGGAGAACUUAGGUGUAUCUGCUUGAUGAUGAUGUAAAUCUGUCUCUAAAUGUCAAUUUAAAGUGUGUAUUCUUAUGAAUUUUAAGAUACCUAUACUAUUUUCAUUCAUUUUA